UUUGUGGAAUUACGCUCGACUCAAAACACAUUUAGUGGGAUAAAACCAUUUUGAUUUCCCAUAUGACAUCUAGCCCCGAUCUUCUAUAUGAUUGAUUUAUAAAGGAUGAUAGGCUGAUAUUGACUGAAUUAUGGAAAACGCACUCAUUGAAUGAAUACCCAUCUCACAUUAUGAGGAUAUUUCCAGGGGGCUCCACGAAGUAUCUUGUCAACUAUUUAAACUCUGGAUAACCUGACCAGAGUUACGUAUAGAAGCAAAACCAAACAGGCACACUUGAAGCAUACGAAGAUGAAUAUGAUCUAAUUUCAGCUGUUCAUGGCACGGACGGAUCCGGACUCUUCUGGGUGUCGCAUUACCAAACGUUACCCAAACUUUUUUAUUAUAAUCGUUGCUUGCCUUGGAGUGGAAAGUUCCCAACCGAAACCGCCCCUCCUACUACUAUGAGCUAUGAUAGCAAACAUGUACAAAUGUACAAGUGUCACCUAAGAGCCCUUUCACACCCCUGCGGAUCCUGCACGAGCUGAAAAUGACCACCGGCGUCGAGCGACUAUUCGACGAACUUGGACACUUUAAAAGGUUUCAGGCAUGUCUUUACUUUGCUGCUAUUUUCCAGGCCAUCUCCUGUGGAAUACAUUACCUGGCCUCUGUUUUCUUAGUUGAAACCCCUAAAUUUCUUUGUGACGCUCCUUCAAAUAUCACAGAUGUUCUAUAUAGAAAUCACUCUUUAACGUCGCUGGCAGAUGUAUGGACUUACUACAGGCCAGGUGAUGGACCAGUGGUUGUACGGACAGCUGGAGGAGACCAGUGGGAACUUAGUCCUUGUUUAAAAAUGCUGCGACUUGAUGCCAUCAAUUUUCAAUAUGAGUUUUUUGGGAACAAGACUGUAGAGUCAUGUGGUGGCUUUGUCUAUGAUCACAGCGAGGUUGAGCAGAGCAUCGUAACAGACUGGGACCUGGUGUGUGAGAAGGAAUGGCUGGCCAAGCUUACACAGCCAACUUUUAUGCUGGGAGUUUUGAUUGGAGCAUUGGUGUUUGGGGACGUCGCAGACAGAAUUGGCAGGCGUCCCAUUUUGAUGGCUACCAGCUUGUGCCAGUUUCUUUUUGGGGUCACUGUUGCAUUCACAGGGAACUACUACCUCUUUGUGUUGAUACGUUUCCUUCUUGCAAUGGUGUCGAGCGGGUAUCUGGUUGUAGUCUUUGUGUAUGUGACAGAGUUUACAGGAAUUAAGGUGCGCACAUGGACCUCUAUGCAUGUGCACGCAGCCUUUGCUGUGGGCAUCAUGGUCGUGGCUCUAGUGGGGUACCUUGUUCGCGUCUGGUGGAUCUACCAGAUCAUCCUCACCCUCAGUACCUCUCCAUUCUUGCUCUACUGCUGGAAGUUUCCAGAAACACCCUUCUACCUCAUGGCUAAAGGACGGUACAAGGAGGCCCAGGAGCUGCUGGACACUAUGGCUUACUUCAAUGGCCUGCCACCUACCCUUAAGGUGUCAGAGCUAAAGGAUGAAUGUGAUGGAGCACUGUUGAACGACAAUAACCAGGAGGAUGGAAGAGCAGUAGAAGUUGAGAAGAGGCUAAGCAUCCUGGACAUGUUUGGAAGCUUGAAAAUGGCCGGUCGCAGCGCCACCUGUUGGGCUAUCUGGUUCAUCGGAAGCUUGGGAUACUAUGUCUUCAGCUUGGGGUCUGUCAACCUCGGAGGAAACCAGUAUAUCAAUCUCUUCCUGGCUGGUGCUGUUGAGGUUCCAUCGUACUUAAUUGGCUGCUUUGCAAUGGAUCGGGUUGGCAGAAAGAAGACAUGUGCCCCGGCUUUGCUGCUUGGUGGAGUAGCUUGCAUGCUCAUUAUUGUGGUGCCCCAGGAUAUUGAGAUAUUGGCUUUAGUCCUGAGUAUGACAGGGAAAUUUGCUAUUGCCAUUGCAUUUGGUCUGAUUUACUUGUACACCUGUGAGCUUUACCCCACAAUUAUCAGGUCUCUGGCUGUAGGCAGUGGUAGUAUGAUGUGUCGGGUGGGAAGUGUGAUGGCUCCUUUCUGUGUUUACCUUGCUGACAUCUGGAUCUAUCUGCCACAGCUCAUUGUGGGAAUUCUGGCCUUCAUCAUUGGGAUCCUGACCUUGUUUCUUCCGGAGACUCUGGGACAGCCCCUCACCUCGACUUUGGAAGAAGCUGAAGCUCUGGGCUCCAAGCCCAACACAAAGAACACUGCAGUGGAUGUGCUAGAGAUGAACAAAAGCACCAAAGCUUAAAUCCAUUUUCACACAGGAUUCCUGAAAGUGCCUUGACUGACUGUGAACAGUACAUACUCCAAUAUACAAGUCUGAAUGAGACAUCAAAUGUUUUUGACAAGUGUGAUACUAAUUUUGUUGUUACAGGCAUUUGUGAAUAGAUGAGGCUGUGAGCGAGUUUGAGUGAAGUUUGGAUAACUAUAAAAAAAAAUAUUGGUAUAGUUGAUUGUGAAUGUAAUUUCAUUUUGUAAUUGUUAUGAAAAUAUAUUCUGUUAAUUUUAACAUAGCUUGCAAGGCAGGACCUCAUUAUUUAAACCACUAAGUAUUACAUUUUUGCAUUUCAGCUGAAACCACUAACACACUCUCAAGGUGCAGUCACAUUAGUGAAAUUUCAGCAAAAUUUUGGGGCAAAACGUUCCAUUGUCUAUUUCAAUAGUGUAGCAAUGUAUGAAGCACAGUUCACACAGAAGUCACUUUCAAACCAAGAGUCUUUGACCAACAUGAACCCGUUGUGAAAUCUGCGUGGAUUCCUAUUGAAAUGACUGGAUUUCACCAGUAUCAGUAAAUGUGACCGCAUCUUGAUUUUAAACACCAUUUACCUACUUUCACUGACUGCAUUAGCAAGAGCAUUGGCUUUAGCUUCAGUGGACAAAGGAAACACUUGUUCAUUAUCAGUUAAUGGUGUGAUAUGUUUCUAUGCAUGCUUCAUUGAAAGACAGACCUUGCUUGUAAGCUGUUUUUUAUACAAUUGCAUCUCAGGGUUUAGCUCCAGAUUUAUCAGUAUUGUUCAUAGUAAACUGUGACUGUACUUUAUAAUACUGCAGAACUUUUUUUUAUUCUGGGUGCUUUUGUAUUGUUUUGUUACUUAAUAUUCUCAUUAUUUGUAUCCUACUGUCCUGUGUUCUCCCUAGCUUUGGAUGACAUGAGGAAUGCAAUGUAGAAGAGUUCAAAAUAGUAUUAUCUUCUAAAAACACUUGUAAAGUCUUGUAAUACAGCUAUCUUUCUCAUCAUAGACUUCUUAGACUUAAUAUUCAAUGCAUUUACUAUUUUCCUCAAGCUUAUGAAUUUAUUGUGUUUUUGGACCAAAGAAACAGGGAUUCUUGCUAUAGUCAUGUACAGUUGUCACAGCAACACGAUUGCCUAAAGAAUGUCAUAUAUUAAUAAAUAUUAUGUAAUGUCUAAAUUAGUGUUUCAUUAAAAUAAUUAUAGUGGCUACACAUA